GCUCAUAAUCGCGAUCAAUUUGGAUAUAGCUGUAGGUAUCAGCAGCCAUGUCUGAAAAUGCCAGUACAUCCAGCACAACGCCGAGCACGGCAAGUGCAUCGACGACGAAGCCUCCAUCUCCACCCAAACCGCAGAAUCCAGUUUUUAAGAUGAUGGGAAUUCCAAAUUUCCGUUUUAGACUACCCUCGCGAAAUUGGAUGAUUUUUUUGUCUAUCACCGGAGGUUUCGCAACCGCCAUAACCUACGACCGCCGACAGAAAAAGCGCAUACAACAGAAAUGGGCCGACCUUGUCGCUCACAUUUCCAAAGAGACACUGCCUAUAGAACAGAAUAGACGGAAACUUACAGUUUUCCUUUCUGCACCUCCCGGAGAUGGUCUUCGUUCUGCUCGCGAAUAUUUCAUUGAAUAUGUGAAGCCCAUUCUUGUUUCUGCGGCUUUAGAUUACGAGGUCAUUGAGGGAAGGAAAGAGGGCGAAGUUCGAGCGGGUUUGGCUGAGAAGAUUCGCGACUACAGACGACAGGCUGGAGAAAAGAGUUCGGUGGUUAAGGAGCCGAGCAAAGAAUUGAUAAUCGCUGAAACUCGACGACGAAUGGGAAUUACAGAGGAACCUGGACCUUUAGGCGAUGUUGUGAUUGGACGCCAUACAUGGAAGGAAUACAUUCGAGGUCUUCAUGAGGGCUGGCUGGGUCCUCUCGACCCUCCUCCGCCUCCUCCGGAGUUACCUACUGAAGCCCCGGACGCAGAUACCGCAUCUAAUGUAUCUGCUAACACACUCUCCACUGCAAAUUCCGAAAAUACCGACAGUGCUUCAGCCUCAACACCUGAACAGAAACCUUCUACUGAACCUGAAAAAGAGAAACCAAAGGGUCCCACGUCCGCAUACAUUUCAACUGCAGACUACUCAUCUCGAAACCUUCCCGUUACUAUCCCCGCAUCUUUCGAAGCUUCUUUACCUGUUCCUUUCCCUCAUCUUCUAGGAAUCUUGAACACUCCUAUCAGAAUAUAUCGCUAUUUGACGAAACGUUAUCUUGCGGACGCUGUUGGCCAUGAGAUCGCUGCAGCUGUCUUGGCCUCCACAACCAGGCCAUAUCACGAAGGCACUUACACAGAAAACUCUGGAUCGAAUCUGUCAAAUGAGUCUUUUACCUCUGAGCCUCAAGUAAACCAGUCACAACAGACCUAUGAGCAGCAAACCAUUCUCGAGCACGAAGAGAAGGAAUGGCACAAAUCCGUGCGAAAAGCAGCCGAAGCUCGAAAAUCACAAAUCGAAGAAGAGAACUCAGCUAGUGCCAGCAACGAUACUCAAACUGCAGCAAAAUCCAACCUUCUAAAAGAAGAGCGCGAAUGGAUUGACGAUGUGGUCAUUGAUCCACGCAUCGCUUCUCGUAUGAGUCGAUACAUACUCGCUCCUGAGGAAGAGGCACGUGCCAAACGCAUUGAUGAAGGCUCAGAGUGGGUUUUGGGAGAGGGCGAAAGACCCAAGAAAUUGCCGUUAUGGCAACGACUUUGGAUCGAUUAUGGGUACGGCGAAGAUCCGGAGGUGGCUAAGAGGAAGCCCAUUUAUGGGAACUUGGAUAACGAGAAUGGAGAGUAGACGGAUAUCCUAAUCGUCCAUCUCCUUUAGCGCCCUAGCCCCUUCUGCGAUUUAUGUAACAAUAUUUGGUUGUCCUAUAAUUGCAUCUUGCAUUUUGUAAAUUAGCAUAACUACUUUUUUAUACAACGCCAUUCUAAUCC